GAUUAAUGUGGAAUGCUGUUAUAUAAACCAUGGGUUAUAGUUUUAGUUAGUACCACCCACAGAAAAGAACAUGGAUUUCAGCAGCACUAGAAUGUUGGCACAAGGUGUAUUUGUCUUCCUUAUGCUUUCGACCAUGGCAGAGGGGACAAAGCCCAGAACCAUUUUGGUCGGAGACUCCCAAGGUUGGCGUGCAGGCACUAACUACACGCAAUGGGCUAUUGAAAAUAGCCCCUUCCACAUAAAUGAUACACUGGUUUUCAAGUAUCCAGCACCAGGAAAUUCGACGGUUACGCAGAGCGUGUACUUGCUCCCGAACUUGUGGAGCUACAUAACGUGCGAAUUCCGAGGAGCAAAGUUGUUGGGGAACGCAAGCGAAGGAGACGAGGAAGGUUUUAAGGUUGCACUGAAGGAGUCGAAGCCAUAUUACUUUGCCUCCGCAGAAGGCAACUCUUAUGACUGUCUUGCUGGUCUCACCAAGUUCAUCGCUGUUCCAUCUUAAUGUUUCUG